AUCUUCAAUUGCGGGUAACUCCACCAGACUGUAUCGCUAUAUUUCUCGCUAAACUUUCUAGAAAACGGGGAGUCUUCGAUGAGAUAUACCCGGAUCUACAUCCAUAACAGUCAAGCUCGAGAUCUCGCAAUCGCUAGCUGACGCACAUCACGACCCUAAGCCGUUCCGAGCUCGAGGAAGCAUACGUAUCGGUUGCUUGAUUAACAAUCAGAAAAGGAGGGGGAUAUUGGAACUGCAACUGUUCUUAAAGAGGUCAAUUGAAGCUUGAGAAGUCGAUAUUCAAUACAUUUCAACAUCAACUCUCAACCUCCUUCUACACACUACAUCAUCCACCCACCUCGUCCUCAUAAUCCCAUCUAUCAAAACCACCACCAUACACGCAAGAUGUCCGCAUCCAUGCGAGCAGUAGAAAUCAAAGACGGCAAGGGGCCGAUCGAAAACCUGUACAUCGCCUCGAUCCCCAAGCCGGUCCCCACCAACGCCCAAGCCCUCGUCAAAAUCAAAGCCUUCGGCCUCAACCGCAUGGAUCUCGUGCAGCGCGAGGGCGACUACCCUCUCCCGCCACAAGCACCCAAGACCCUGGGCGUCGAGUUCUCCGGCAUCAUCGAGGAGCUCGGCUCGAGCCCCGAGAAGGGGUUCCAGGUCGGCGACGAGGUGUUCGGGCUCGCGUACGGGGGCGCGUACGCGGAGUACAUCGCGGUCAGCACGCACAUGCUGGUGCACAAGCCGAAGGAGCUGAGCUGGGAGCAGUGCGCUGGUAUCCCUGAGACCUGGAUAACCGCCACCCAAGCCCUCUACCUCGUCUCGCACUUCACCCCCGGCAAGUCCAUCCUCUGGCACGCGGGCGCGUCCUCCGUCUCCAUCGCCGGAAUCCAACUCUCCGUCGCCGACGGCGCCUCCGCCGUCUACGCGACCGCGCGCUCCGACGCAAAAUGCGACUUCGCGGUCUCCACGCUCGGCGCGACGGCAGCCUUCAACGCCAAGACGUCCGACUGGGCCGCCGAGGUGCUGAAAGCGACAGACGGCAAGGGCGUCGACAUCAUCAUCGACUUCGUCGGCGGGGAGUACUUCGCGCAGAAUCUCGACGCCGUGGCGCGCGACGGGAUUAUCGUCAACUUGGGGUUCCUGGGGGGUACGAGGGUGCCUGACGGUACGGACAUUGGGGCGUUCAUACGGAAGAGGAUUACGUUCAAGGGGAGCAGUUUGAGGAGUAGGGACGAGGUGUAUCAGGGGAAGUUGAGGGAUCAGCUGGUAGAGCAUGCGCUGCCGAGGUUUGUGGACGGGCGGUUUAAGGUGCUGGUUGAUAGGGUGUUUGACUGGGAGAGGAUACAGGAGGCGCAGGGCGUGCUGGAGAGGAAUGAGACGACGGGGAAGGUUAUUUGUACGAUUUCGUAGUUAAGGUAUGAGGGUCUUGGGAGGGGGUUUGAGGGGAUUUGUAGAUAGUGGUUUGGGUGUGUUGAUG